AUAAACAAAAUUGAGCAUUACGUUAUUUCUCUCCUGGAGCGUAGGUCAUGUUAUAAUGCGACAUACUUUUUAAUCGGAGUUAUUUUAAACAUCCGGUAAUACUUUAGAACGCUUUUGAUAGUACCUACUUAACCCUGACAGAAGCCAGUUUGAAAACAGUACAAGACACAAUGCUUCUGUGGUAAUACGCUUGAAGGAUCGCAAAAGCCGGAAUCGGAAUGUAAUCAUACUUGUCUUGGAGAUCCAAGCAAGAUGUGUGGAGGUGAAUGGAGGAUUGGCGUCUAUACCAAUUGGGCAUGCGGACCACCGCCAACGAUUGCAAACGGAAUUACAGCGUUACGAAAGGGAAUCAAUAUAACAUACGGUUCAUUCGCUGAUGUUUACUGUGACCCGGGAUUCGUCGGCAAAAACGAAAUUACUUGCCUUUCUACCAAAUCAUGGGAAAAAGCGACAUGUGAACAUGAAGGAUCCAUGACUACGUUUAUAGCAGCAGGAGUCUCAGUCGCAGUCGCAGUAGCGGUUGCAGCUUUUGUGGUCGUGUUUGUCCUUAGAAGGAAACAAUUAUUACCUUGUUCGAAGACCAAACCGACUUCUAAUAUUGGCAAGCAUACGUUUGAAAUUAUGCCAGAGCAAAGCUAUGAGGACCUGGUUGACAGAAAUGAAAACACUACAAACUAUUGUGUGCUGGACAUAGAAAGUGGGGCUGCUGAUGCCACUCUUCGAUAUUACAAUAUAGAAGGGUGUCAGAAUAAUGAAAGCCCCAAAACAAAUGACAACUGCAAUUACGAAUACUAUAAUAGCAUGGUUGCCCAUGAAAAUUAAAAAAGAUAACAUGA